CGCGCGCGCACACACAUAUACACACGCACACGCCCUCCCUGGCUUGCUCGCUGCCGCUGCCACCAUCUCGGAGCCGAGCCCUGCGGAGCGGGAAGAGUCGGAGCCGGAACCGGAGCGGAGCAGAGCGGAGCCGGGGAAUGCGGUCCCGGAGCGGAGCGGCGCGCGAAGUGCGCGCCCGGGACGCCUCCUGUGCCCACAGCCCCUGAGGCUCCGGUGCCUACAGGCAAACAGGGCGACUGAGUCACACCCAGGCUGACCCCAACCCACUUGCCUUUCCCCAACGCCUGCCUGACCUGAGGGAUCCCAUGGCCAUGUCCUGGCUGCCCUGAGUCUGUGAGGCCACACAGUCCCCCACCUGCAUCUACAGGACUCUGUCCCUGUGCAGCCCUUGGACCAACUUCCAAGCUCACUCCUCACCCCAGCCUGGGGACUCCUCAAGCUUCAGGACUCAGAGGGGCACAGUAGCAGUCACGUUGCCCCAAACUGGAAACCUCUCAGCUAGUAAAUGGAUGAACAAUUGAAUACUACUCAGCAAUAAAAAAAGAAUGAAACUGGGAACAACAAAGAAACAACGAAGUGCAUGCUGAGACCGCGACCGAUAGGCUGCUGCUCCCUGGGCCCCCAGAGGCUGAUCUGUUUGCCUCCCAGCGCCAUCUGACCCAGCUGCACCAGUGCAGGGCCCUGACCUAUGGAUUUUCUGCCACGUCCUGAUCCACUUCACUCCAGCCGAGUCUUUCUGACUUCAUUAUACCCGUGGCCUCAGCAACCCCAGCAUAGAGGCCUGCCAUAGCCAGAGGCCACUGCAGGCUGGCUUCUUCUGGCCAUCAGCUCCUGCUCUAUUGGGACUUGCUGAAUUUUCACUCUGAAGCCAGGAUCUGCUAUGUGCCCACCCGUGAGACAGGUGAGCGAGAGGAUGCUGGCGGGGGGCGCGAGGAGCAUGCCCAGCCCCCUCCUGGCCUGCUGGCAGCCCAUCCUCCUGCUGGUGCUGGGCUCGGUGCUGUCAGGCUCGGCCUCCGGCUGCCCGCCCCGCUGCGAGUGCUCGGCCCAGGAGCGGGCCGUGCUCUGUCACCGCAAGCGCUUCGUGGCGGUCCCUGAGGGCAUCCCCACCGAGACCCGCCUGCUGGACCUGGGCAAGAACCGCAUCAAGACACUCAACCAGGACGAGUUCGCCAGCUUCCCGCACCUGGAAGAGCUGGAGCUCAACGAGAACAUCGUGAGCGCCGUGGAGCCCGGCGCCUUCAACAACCUCUUCAGCCUGCGGACGCUGGGGCUGCGCAGCAACCGGCUGAAGCUCAUCCCCCUGGGCGUCUUCACGGGCCUCAGUAACCUGACCAAGCUGGACAUCAGCGAGAAUAAGAUCGUCAUCCUGCUGGACUACAUGUUCCAGGACCUGUACAACCUCAAGUCGCUGGAGGUCGGCGACAAUGACCUCGUCUACAUCUCCCACCGGGCCUUCAGCGGCCUCAACAGCCUGGAGCAGCUGACGCUGGAGAAAUGCAACCUGACCUCCAUCCCCACCGAGGCGCUGUCCCACCUGCACAGCCUCAUCGUCCUGAGGCUCCGGCACCUCAACAUCAACGCCAUUCGGGACUACUCCUUCAAGAGGUUGUACCGGCUCAAGGUCUUGGAGAUCUCCCACUGGCCCUAUUUGGACACCAUGACACCCAACUGCCUCUAUGGCCUCAAUCUGACCUCCCUGUCCAUCACCCACUGCAACCUGACCGCCGUGCCCUACCUGGCCGUGCGCCACCUGGUCUAUCUCCGCUUCCUCAACCUCUCCUACAAUCCCAUCAGCACCAUCGAGGGCUCCAUGUUGCAUGAGCUGCUGCGGCUGCAGGAGAUCCAGCUGGUGGGUGGGCAGCUGGCCGUGGUGGAGCCCUACGCCUUCCGCGGCCUCAACUACCUGCGCGUGCUCAACGUCUCGGGCAACCAGCUGACCACCCUGGAGGAGUCGGCCUUCCACUCGGUGGGCAACCUGGAGACGCUCAUCCUGGACUCCAACCCGCUGGCCUGCGACUGCCGGCUCCUGUGGGUGUUCCGGCGCCGCUGGCGGCUCAACUUCAACCGGCAGCAGCCCACGUGUGCCACGCCCGAGUUCGUCCAGGGCAAGGAGUUCAAGGACUUCCCCGACGUGCUCCUGCCCAACUACUUCACCUGCCGCCGCGCCCGCAUCCGGGACCGCAAGGCGCAGCAGGUGUUCGUGGACGAGGGCCACACGGUGCAGUUUGUGUGCCGGGCGGACGGCGACCCGCCACCCGCCAUCCUCUGGCUCUCGCCCCGCAAGCACCUGGUUUCGGCCAAGAGCAAUGGGCGGCUCACAGUCUUCCCCGACGGCACGCUGGAGGUGCGCUACGCCCAGGUGCAGGACAACGGCACGUACCUGUGCAUCGCGGCCAACGCGGGCGGCAACGACUCGAUGCCGGCCCACCUGCACGUGCGCAGCUACUCGCCCGACUGGCCCCAUCAGCCCAACAAGACCUUCGCUUUCAUCUCCAACCAGCCGGGUGAGGGAGAGGCCAACAGCACCCGAGCCACCGUGCCUUUCCCCUUCGACAUCAAGACCCUCAUCAUCGCCACCACCAUGGGCUUCAUCUCUUUCCUGGGCGUCGUCCUCUUCUGCCUGGUGCUGUUGUUCCUCUGGAGCCGGGGCAAGGGCAACACGAAGCACAACAUCGAGAUCGAGUACGUGCCCCGCAAGUCGGACGCGGGCAUCAGCUCCGCCGACGCGCCCCGCAAGUUCAACAUGAAGAUGAUCUGAGGACGGGGCGGGGCGGGCAGGGACCCCCGGGGCAGGCCGGGCAGGGGAAGGGGCCUGGCCACUGAGCGCUCGCUCCUCAGUCCUUCCCGCCGUUCCCCUGGCCCUCCACACACACCCCUGUUCUCUGCGGCUCCCCCCCACCCCCCACCCCCUGCUGGCCCUCACUGCCUGCCCUCUGUCUACCAGGACCUCCGCAGGCCAGGCCUGGGGACCCCACCUGCACAGGGCCACACGUUGACAGACUGGAGUCGGAAGCCGACAGACCGACAUGCGGCACAGUCAAUAAUUCAAUAAAAAAAAGUUACGAGCUUCCUCUGUAACUUGGGUUUCAAUAAUUAUGGAUUUUUAUGAAAACUUGAAAUAAUAAAAAGAGAAAAAAAAAAACCUAUUUCCUAUAGCUAGUCGGAAUGCAAACUUUUGACAUCCUGAUUGCUCCAGGGCCCUCUUCCAACUCAGUUUCUUGUUUUUCUCUUCUUCCUCCCCCUCCUCCUCCUCCUUCUCUUCCUCCUUUCUCUUCUCUUCCCCUAUGGGGAGGGAUCACUCAGGAAAACAGGAAAGGAGGCUCCAGCCCCCCUGCCCGGGCAGCUGACAGGAGCGGGCAGGGCGGCAGGUGCGGGCCCGGCUCUGGGCUGGCCGUCUGCAGGGAGCAGGCGGAGGAGACAGGGCUGCCUGGUGGGGGUGGGGGCUGGUGGCCAAGCCGCCGGGAAGCAGUACUGCUGGGGGUCGGGGGCCCGACUCGGGUGUGGCUGAGACUCUGGACAGGGGCUGGGGUCCUCCUGCAGGACGGCACAGUCAGUGCAGAGGGCCAGGGGCUGGAGGCAGGACCGAGGCCUAACUUCUGGUCCCAGCUCUGCCACUGACUUACUGUGUGGUUUCAGACAGGUCACUGACCCUCUCUGGGCCUCAGUCUCCACAUCUGUACAAAUGGAAACGUGACCCCCCGCCCUGCCUACCUCACAGGGCUGUUGUGAGGAAUUGAUGAGAUGAUGUAUGUGAAACACUUUGUAACCUGUAAAGCGCUGUGCACAUGUG